AUGGCUUGGGAUUUUGGGUUCAGAAAAGUCAUUCUUGAGUCAGAUUUUAAGGCACUUGUUGAUAUGCUGCUCAAAAAGGAAGCUUCACUUAAUGGCAGUCUAAUUUCCUUGCAGAUUAGACACUUUACGGAGUUCAACUGGGGGCUUCUUAAUUAUAUUUCAAGACAAGAAAAUAUUCUUGUUGAUGCCUUGGCUAAGGAAGAUGGGGCUCAACUGAUUCUAGUGAACAAUUGUGUAGACAAUGUGUGGCCAGGAAUACAAGGCAGUGCAGGGCAACCAACUCCAAAAGAUGGAGGUUUUCAUCUUGGGAUUGGCGAGGAAGUAGUAUUUGACGUACCAGAGAAAUGGUCAGGAAGAAUCUGGGGAAGGCAGGAUUGCAGCUUUGACAGCAAUGGAAAAGGCUCGUGUGUCACCGGCGAUUGCUUUGGGAAAAUUGACUGCGGUGGGAAGGGAGGGAUGCCGCCGGCUACGGUGGUCGAAAUGACACUGGGAUCAUCUUCUUCUCCAUUGCACUUUUAUGAUGUGAGCUUGGUGGAUGGGUUCAACCUGCCUGUGUCCAUGAAGCCUGUGGGCGGUGGGGUUGGGUGUGGGGUGGCUUCUUGUGAGGCGGACUUGAACAUUUGCUGUCCAUCAGCUUUGGAAGUGAAGAAAAAUGGUAAGGUUGUGGGGUGUAAGAGUGCUUGCGUGGCUAUGCAAUCAGCUAAGUAUUGCUGCACGGGGAAUUAUGCAGAUCCAAAGACUUGCAAGCCUACCAUAUAUGCUCUCCUCUUCAAGGCCAUAUGUCCUAAGGCUUAUAGCUAUGCAUAUGAUGACUCUAGUAGUCUCAAUAGAUGUAGGGCUUCCCGCUAUGUGAUCACGUUCUGUCCUCCCCAAACCUAA